CAACAAUAAAGUGAUGCUAAAGCGAUUUGUGUACAAAAAAUCAACAUAAUAAAAUCUCAUGCAAAACGCGACGGUUGCGGUAAAACAACGAUAUCGAAAAAUAAAUUAAUUUCAAUACUUAUCUAAAUGCAACACUGCAAACCGACACCAACACUAACACAAACACCAACAACAUAAUGCUGUUGAAAAAGAAGCGCUAUAUGUGUGAAGAGCAGGACGGCGCUAUUGACAGCGACAUCGUCGCUGCUGCUGUUGUCGAUUCAAGCAACAGUAACAGCAACAGCAACAACAGAAACACCAACGCGAACAACAACAGCAGCAGCAGUAGUUAUGGAUCCAACAUGGCUGAAACACGCGAAGUCCGAAUUGAGGAGCAAUUAAAAGUGAAAAUUGGCGAAGCAAAAAAUCUCAGCAGUCGGAAUGCGGCGAAUACGAGCUGCAGCACGCAGGGCACACGAGAUGUUUACUGCACCAUUGCACUGGAUCAGGAGGAGAUAUGCCGGACACCCAUUAGCGAGCGCACCUUGUCACCCUUUUUUGGCGAGGAGUAUCAAUUCAAAAUUCCGCGAAGAUUUCGCUACCUGUCCGUAUAUGUGUGGGAUCGGGAUAUGAAACAGGACAAACCGAUUGGCAAGAUCGCCAUUAAGCGGGAGGAGUUGCACAAAUACAAUCACAAGGAUCACUGGUUCUCGCUGCGACCUGUCGACUCCGAUUCGGAGGUGCAGGGCAUGGUGCACAUCGAGGUGGCGUUCGAGGAAGUGCCUCCCAUUCUCCAAUCGCUAAGCGACAGCAUUGUCGAGCACACGUUGCAGCAGCACUCGCUGCAGCUGCCCAAUCAUCAUCAUCAUCAUAGCCAAAAUCAUCAUCAUCAUCCACGUGCCCAUCUCAACGACUACAAGGAGAAUAACGAACUGACCAACAUUCAUCGCGCUGCUGCAGCGGCUGCGGCUGCUGCCAGCGGCAAUACGGCCGGCAUGACACUGAAGACUAUCGGUGCGGGACUCUUUGGACAUGUGCAUCAUCAUCAUCAGCAGCAACAGCAGCAACAACAUCAUCAGCAGCAGCAGCAACAACUGGUGGCCACAUCCUCCACGGAUCAGCUGGCGAACUGGAAGAAUACGCAUGCCGCGCGCAAUGUUCGUGUCGCAAUUCGUGUGCCCGCCUGUGUGGAUCUGGCCAAGAAGCAGGGCACCUGUGAUCCCUUCGUCAUCUGCACUGCAUACUACAGCAACAAGCAGAUCAUCACGAAACGGACUAAGCAGCGCAAGAAGACCGUCGAUCCGGAGUUCGAUGAGGUCAUGUACUUUGAUCUCUCGAUUGACUCGGAUUCCGCCGGCGGCGGCAACAACACGGGCACCACCAACAGCAACAAAUCCACCGCAUCGCUGGAAUCAUCGGCGAACAAGGCGUAUGCGAUUUAUCCGCUGGGCGGUGCUGAUCUCUGCGAGAUUGCGGUGACGUUGUGGCAUGACGCCCACGGCGCCAUGGCGGACAAGGUGUUUCUCGGCGAGGUGCGCCUACCCAUGCUUAACAAGCAGCAACAGCAGGCGGUACAGCCAGCCGCCUGGUAUUAUCUGCAACCACGCACCACAUCUCCGAGUUGCCGCUCCCUGAAUGCCACUCCCCGUUCCUGUGCAACGCCGCCGGGAACGCGACUCAGCGUCGACUCCACAAUUGGCUCGUUGCGUCUCAAUCUGAACUACACCGCCGAUCAUGUAUUCCCCCUGGCCACCUAUGAUGAUCUCUUGAAUCUGCUGCUCGAAUCGGUGGAUCAGCGACCCAUCACCCUCUCCUCCGUCUACAUACUGGGUGAACUCGUCUCGGGCAAGACGGAGGUGGCUCAGCCACUAGUGCGUCUCUUCACGCAUACGGAACGCAUUGCGCCGAUUAUCAAAGCGCUGGCGGAUCAUGAGAUCUCCAAUCUGACAGAUCCGACGACAAUCUUUCGGGGCAACACGCUCGUCUCCAAGAUGAUGGAUGAGGCGAUGCGACUGUCGGGUCUGCACUAUCUGCACCAGACACUGCGUCCCGUCCUCUCGCAAAUUGUCGCCGAGAAGAAACCCUGCGAGAUUGAUCCCAGCAAGGUGAAGGAUCGCUCCGCUGUGGACACAAAUCUGCACAAUCUCAAGGAUUAUGUGGAACGGGUAUUCGAGGCUAUUACCAAGAGUGCGGAACGCUGUCCGAAGGUCCUCUGCCAGAUCUUUCACGAUCUGCGCGAAUGUGCCGGCAAACAUUUCCCCCAUAAUCGCGAGGUGCGCUUCUCCGUCGUUUCCGGCUUCAUCUUUCUGCGAUUCUUUGCACCGGCCAUACUGGGUCCCAAACUGUUUGACCUGACCACAGAGCGACUGGAUGCGCAAACGAAUCGGACGCUGACACUCAUCUCGAAAACAAUCCAAUCGCUGGGCAAUUUGGUCAGUUCGCGUUCGUCGCAGCAGACCUGCAAGGAGGAAUACACCGGCGAGCUGUACAAGAAAUUUUGCACGGAGAAGCAUGUGGAUGCCGUCAAACAUUUCCUCGAGGUCAUCUCGACGCCAAAUGCCACCUGCGAUUUGUUGUCGCCCGGCAGCAAUCAGCUGCAAGCGACAAUGCCCCAGUUGCCACUUGAACCAGUAUUACUAAAGGAGGGCGAGGGCAUGAUGACCAAAUAUCCGACAAGCCGAAAACGCUUUGGACGCCAGUUUAAGCAACGUUACUUUCGCCUGACAACCCACUCGCUAAGCUAUGCCAAGUCGAAGGGCAAACAACCCAACUGUGAUAUACCGCUCGAGGAAAUCGGAAGCGUUGAGCAAUUGAAAGACAAAAGCUUCAAAAUGCAGAACUGCUUCAAGAUCGUGCACAAAGACCGCCCGCUAAUCGUACAGACGACGAACUGCGUUGAGGAGCGCGAAUGGUUCGAUUUACUCCACAAGAUCUGUCUGAUGAAUUCCAUCCGCAUGCAAUACUUUCAUCCCUCCGCUUUCAUCAGUGGCUAUUACAGCUGUUGCGGCCGUUCCGAUGAGAAUGCGCCCGGCUGCAAGAAUGUCUCCGCCAAGGAGAUGGAUUACUUUCAAAUGGAUUUGGUCACUGCACUGGAUCCGGCACUCGAUUUGCAGCGCAUACACACGCUCAUCAUGUCCAAUAUGAAUCAGCUGGAUGCGUUGCUCGAUCCGCUUGCCUAUCGCCAACACCUGCCCCUGCCACUGCAACAACAGCAGCAGCAACAGCAGCAAAGCAAUCCGCUGGUGCCGCUUGCGAGUGCGUUGCAGCAACAACAGUCGCCGCAGGCAUUUGUCGAAUUCAAGAAGACGAUCGAGAAGCUGCGCGAGAAGGCCUACGCCAUCGACAAGGAUCACCGCGACUACAAGCAGGGCAUCACCCGGAAGCUCAAAUACGGCAGUCGGCAGGCACCGAUCGGCGAUGACAAUUAUUGGCACAUGAUGCGCGCCGCCGGCCAAUUGAAUUUCCAGCAUCAUCACCAGCAACAGCAGCAGCAACACUUGCAACUCCAGCAGCAGCAACAGUUGCAGCCUGUGUUGCCGCCAAUGCAACAUGUUCGCGCCUUGCCCGCAACCACAAACAGCAGCAGCAACAGCACCAUCAAUGUGAAUGCCUACACCAUGCACAAUCUGCAGAACCAGCAGCAUCGAUUGCAAUUGCAACAACAGCAGCAGCAACAUCAACAGCAGUAGCAGCAACCUCAACAAUAUCAGCAGCAAUUGCGCAAUCAGCGCCACAACAACCAUAAUAAUAACAACAAUCGCAGCAAUAGCUGUGGCAAUGUCUCAUCCUCCAGUCCAUCGUCAACGGCAUCGAGUGUGGUGGCAGCUGUCUCACCAGUGGUCAACCUAGCAGCAGCAGUGGCAACAAGUGCUGGUGCAACAACAGUUGCUGCUGUUGCACCACCGAUUCAAGACUGCGUGUUUGCCAUACCCAGAGCGAUCAUUUUGACGCGGUGAAUGCGCAUAAGGGUUUAACGGUUUAACUACUGCCCCCACACACAUACACCCACCCACACACACAUACACAGGCAGACAGACAGAC